UGCUUGGUGUUUUUCCUUUUUGAGCUUUUCUUCUCGUACUUCAAGGAGUUGGUGGCAAAGAGUGACGUGGAGCUGAAGAACGAUCUCGCCAUCCGUGGCAUCCUCCACUCCGUCGAUCAAUACCUCAACAUCAAGCUCGAGAACACCCGCGUCGUCGACCAGGACAAGUAUCCCACAUGGUAUGCUCCCUCCCUUUCCUUCUUGAUCUCCCCAAUGACUUCGUUCCAUGUCCUCUUUCUCAUAGUCGAGUUCCGGGAGCUAUAUCAAAUCUAUAUUACCCUCAUUUCAAGCCUUUUCUUGGUUAUACUUUUGCAGUUGUCAGUGAGGAACUGUUUUCAGGGAUCUGUGGUGAGGUAUGCAACUCCUCCGGAUGGCGUGGACAUCGAUAUCCUUCAUGAUGCCACCAGGAGAGAAGCUCGUGGAGGCUGAUUAUGCAAAGCUGUUUGGCGGUCGGCCUCCCUCUGAAAAUGUCGAUGGCUUUCUAACUUCAUUUUCCAUGUCUUGAUCCUGUAUCAAUAGAAAAUAGCUUAACACAAUUGUGACCGCUAUAAAUCACUCUUAUUUACAGGGUAACAUGUAUUAUUGGAGCUUCAAAGAUUACAAAGUCUUAUAUUUAAUAUCAAUUCCUUGUGGUAUUGAGAAAGUUGAUUAAUUGAA